AUGGCUAUUGAAGUUACGAGAACUAAUGAAAUGCCUAAUCAAGUUAUGGAGGCUAUGGAAGCUAAUGAGAUGACUAUUAAAGUUAUGGGAGCUGAUGAAAUGCCUGUUCAAGUUAUGGAAGCUUAUGAAAUGCAAGUUCCAAUGGAAAAUCAAUCAGAAAUUGUAGCUGGUAUUUGUUUUUUCUAUCCUCAAGUAACAGAUGAGUUCAAGCCUACCAUAGGUCAAUAUUUCGAAACAUUAGACGAAGUGAUUGAAUUUUACAACAACUAUGCAAUGGAGGCUGGGUUUAGUGUCCGAAUGCAUUCAAGUAAGAAAAAUAAGGAUGGUGAGAUCAUGAGAAAGGAGUUUGUGUGCAACAAAGAGGGAAUCACCAUAUUUCACGAGGGCCAUAAUCAUCCAAUGACAUCCCCACGAAGACGCCACUUGCUAAAGUCUCAUCGCAAGGUAGGUGGAAUUGAAAAUGUUGGUUGUACACAAAAAGAUUUAUAUAACUACAGAAGCAAGGUGCGAAAUAAGAUGAAGGGGCAUGAUGGAAAAAUGUUGCAUGAUCAUUUUUUGCUAGAGCAAGAAAGAAAUUCUGAAUUCACAUUCAAGAUUCAAGUAGAUGAAGAACACAAGAUUACUCAAUGUUUUUGGGCCGAUGCAAGUUCUAGGCAAGCAUACAAGUUUUAUGGUGAUGUGGUCAUUUUUGACACUACAUACAACACCAAUCGAGAAUUUUUGAAUGCCAUGCCAGGUGAUGCUCCAAAAAUGAUUAUUACUGAUCAAGAUCUGGCAAUGACAAAAGCCAUUCCUUACUGUUUUCCAAACACGUUUCACAGAUUCUGUACGUGGCAUAUUUUGGAUAAGUUCUCGAGCAAGCUUCCUCCGAUGAAAUACAAAGAUCAUUAUUUAGAUUUCAAAGCAUGUAUUUGGGAGUCAGAGACUAUAGAGGAGUUUGAUGUGAAAUGGAUGGCUGUUGUUUCAAAAAGUGGAUUAUCUGGUAAUGGCUGGUUGCAAUCGAUAUAUAGGAUUCGAUCUACUUGGGUUCCAACCUAUGUUAAUCAUGUUUUUUCUGCAAAUUGCUCAACUAGUCAGAAAGCUGAGAAUGGACAUUUAUUUCUAAAGAAAUAUGUUUCCAAGAACAACUCAUUCCUCGAGUUUAUGGUUAAUUAUAAUAGGGCAUUGGCACGCCAACGCCAUUCGGAGUUGAAGGCAGAUCAUAUUGAUUUGAACGAGAGGCCAAAACUCAAAUGCCCUAUUAAGAUGGAUGCGCAAAUGGCCAAUAUUUAUACACGUAGCUCUUACCUUGAUUUUCAAGAGCAGUUGUGGGAAAGUUACAGCUAUAAUAUUGAGCUUACAAGCGAAAAUGAUACUUGCAGCAUGUUUAAAGUUUUGCCCAUUGAUGACGAAAAGGGUAGAGUUCGUGAAAUUUUGUAUGAAAAAUCCAGGGAUUUUGCAUCAUAUGAAUACAUUUUGAAGAGAUGGACUAAAUCUGCAAAAUCUUCGGUUACAGUUUCUAAUGUGGAGAUAUCUGUCAACAAAUCUGUACUUAAAAGGCGUGGUAAAUUAUUCCAACAAUAUUCGCAUUUGAUUGAUAAAGUCAUUCUAAAUGAUGAGGCAAGUAAACUCUUUUGUGAGGCAAUGGAUGUUGUGAAUGAGAAGAUUAAGCCAUUGGUUGGUGGUACCAAUGAAAUGUGGAACCUUCUACAACCAAAGGAGAUAUGGAAUGUCGUGCAAAAAGAAAAUCGAUAG